AUGUUUAUUUAUUUAUAAUUAAUUUUCACUUUAACUAGAGCUUUAAUUGUUAAGAAUGAUGUGACCUCCUUCUACUAAGAUAUGAUCAAAAAAUAAAUAUCAUUUUUAUGUGAAUCUGGAAGGUUGACAUUUGAUAAUGGGUUUUACACUUACUAGAUAUUUUUGAAAGAAAAUCACACAGAUUAUACCAAUUUUACAGAUGCCGAUCAGUUAUGGAUAAUGUUAACUAAUAAUGGUUGCUCAUCUAUAAUGCAUGCCUAUGAUAAAUAUGGCCCAUUCGUUUAUUAAAAUAGACAGCUUGACCUACAUCCCUACUCCUAUAAUAAAUUUAUAAAUUUAUUAUAUAUAGAUCAGCCAUUUGGAGUAGGCUUUUCUGAAGGAAUUGGAGAAAAAAAUGAUAAUGCUAUAAAGAUUUUGUAGUUUAUUGAAGAAUUCUUAGUGAAUAAAGGAAUACCAAAUAUGAAAAUAAUGUUAUAUGGAAAGGAGUAUGUGUCAUCGCUAUUCUCAAAAAUUAUUGAGAAUUCGAUAGGAUAUAAUCUAAAUAUAGAAGGCAUCAUCCUUGAAAACGCAUGGGUUAGCCCAAUUCAUUAGAUUGGAUAUUAUGGAUCCUUUUUGUACUAAUUAGGAUUAAUAGAUGAUUAAAGAAGAGAUGAAAUCUAUUAUAAUACAACAUAAAUUUAGGUCUAAUUAUUAAAUUAGAAUUUUACAAAUUUAACUUAACUGAAAACUUUAGUAAAUCAAAGCCAAAGUGAACUUAAAUUAAUAGAGAAUGAUGGAAAUAACAAUUUAGAGGAUAUUACUCAAUUCAUCAAUGAUCAUUCAUUCUAAUUAUUUGAAAUCAAUAAAGACGAUUAUUCGUUCUGUAAUGAUACCCAACAUGAGAAGGCUUAGCAAUAAUUACUAAAUUCCACCUUAUUUGAAAUAGAAAUGAUAUUAAAUAAAUAAAAAAUGGUAAUUGUUUUAGUAAAACAAAUAUAAUUCACAGUAACCACUCCAGGCAUUGUGACUUGGGUUAAUUAAUUACGAUGGCAACACAUAACAAAAUGGAGAAUAAGUGACAAGAAAUUUAUACGAGAAGAAAAUUAUGAUAAAGUAUAAAAUAUGACAAAAAAUAAAACAGUUGGAUAUAUCAAGUAAUUUGAUAAAUUAAAAUAUAUUGUGGCUUACGAUGAGUUAUUCAAAUUAUUGAAUUAAAUUAUUAUUGAUAAUUGA